GAGCGUCGGAAAUGAGCAAUCGGGCCGUGUAACGUCCCGAGGGGCGCGGAGAGCGAGCGGGGCUGAGCUCGGAGCUCCGCGGGAGCCGUGGGGCGUCGUUCGUCUCCCUCCUUCCCUUUUACCCCCUGUCCGUUGGUCGGUCUGCUCCUGGGACUACUUUCUGUGUCCCUCCGCCCUCCUUCCUUUCCUCCUCCUCCUCCCUCCUUUCCUCCUGCUCUCCUCCUGCUUCUCUUUCUCCUUCCCUCUCUUCGGCUGCCCUAACCGGAGAAAAGAAGAAGGAAGAGGGACGACUGCCUUCCCUCCUUCCUUGGCCCUUUAAAACAUCAUUUUAAGCCUUUUAAGCCGGCUCACCCGCUGCUUCUCCUUUAGCCUCGUUGAGGACUAGCCUCUUGAGCAGCCUCAAGACGCCAACCAGCCGCAGAUCUGGGCUUUUUUUUUAUAAAGGGGGGAGGUGGAGGCAGGGGCUGCUUUUCCCAGCCUCUUAUAACAGCCGGACUCUUUGGCGGAGCCCCAUUCCCAGGUUUUUCUCUGUGAAUUGGGUGCUUGUUUUUGGCUUUUAAAUUGGGGUUUUUCUCGGGGAGGGGGCUGCUUUGCCCUUAUUGGCCUGGAGCAGGGAGAACUGGGUCCCUGGCUCAUUGGGGAAGGGGCUGCUUUAGUCUAAUCCAGACCCCCAACUACUCUUUUUUUUUGGAGGGGGGGGAGCCCACCCUAUAGAGUGUCCCCGAGUUUGGAGCGUCUCUUCCCCGGUGGCGAGGAUCUCCUUGACCCCCCCCCCUUGCCUGGUUGCUGACCCCUUCAUGCCAGAGCUGGGACCCUCCUGCCCCCCCACCCGCGUUUUAUACCUUUCCUCCCCCCCUUUCUGAUCUCGUAAAGCUGCUUCUGCUCCCCAGCCCACCAUCGCUUUAACCCCCCCCACCCCACCCCAAAGAGGGGGGGUCCUGAGUGGCGGCUUCCUUGAGACGGGCAACCGUCCAUCCUCAUCAUCGUCCGUCAUGUCUGUGGCAGGGUUGAAGAAGCAAUUCUACAAAGCCAGCCAGCUGGUCAGCGAGAAGGUCGGCGGGGCUGAAGGAACCAAGCUGGAUGAGGACUUCAAAGAAAUGGAGAAGAAGGUGGACCUUACCAGCAAGGCUGUUACGGAAAUCUUGGCCAGAACGACAGAAUACCUGCAACCGAACCCCGCAUCCCGGGCGAAACUGACCAUGUUGAACACGGUUUCCAAGAUCCGAGGGCAGGUGAAGAAUCCAGGGUACCCGCAGUCCGAAGGCCUCCUAGGCGAGUCCAUGAUGCGAUACGGCAAGGAGCUGGGCGACGAUUCCAACUUCGGCGACGCCUUGCUGGACGCUGGCGAAUCUAUGAAGCGCCUGGCCGAGGUGAAGGAUUCUCUGGACAUCGAGGUCAAGCAGAACUUUAUCGAUCCCCUUCAGAAUUUGUGCGACAAGGACUUGAAAGAGAUCCAGCACCACCUGAAAAAGUUAGAAGGGCGACGUUUGGAUUUUGACUACAAAAAGAAACGCCAAGGGAAAAUUCCGGAUGAAGAAUUGCGACAAGCUUUGGAAAAGUUUGAGGAGUCCAAGGAAGUGGCGGAGACGAGUAUGCACAAUCUCCUCGAGACCGACAUCGAGCAAGUCAGCCAGCUAUCCGCUCUGGUGGACGCGCAACUCGACUACCACAAACAAGCCGUGCAGAUUCUGGACGAGUUAGCGGAGAAGCUGAAACGCAGAGUACGAGACACUUCUUCACGCCCCAAGCGAGAAUAUAAACCGAAGCCCAGGGAACCCUACGAAUUCGGAGAGACCGCGGAUCAGUCCAAUGGUGGAUUUUCCUGCAACCCAGCGCCGAAAGUCUCCGCUUCCUCUUCCUUCCGAUCCGAAAAGCCAUCCCGGACUCCCAGCCGGAUAUUUUCCCCACACCUGGACCAGCCCUGCUGCAAGGCGCUGUACGACUUCGAGCCGGAGAACGAGGGCGAACUGGGCUUCAAAGAAGGCGACAUCAUCACGCUGACCAACCAAAUCGACGAGAACUGGUACGAGGGCAUGAUCCACGGCCAGUCGGGCUUCUUCCCUCUCAACUACGUGGAAGUCCUCGUCCCACUACCUCAGUGAAACGGCUGGCGGCCUUCUCCGUGGCUCUUCCGUCCUCCUUCCUCCUCCUCUUCCUCCUCCUUCCUCUUCCUCCCUUCCCGGCUGACCAACGCAACAGCCGGGGAUGGAGAUGUCCUUCCUUACAUUCCAGGGAUGAGAGGGUCUAUCCGACACUAAUUUCCCCUUUCGGGGUUGGGUGGGACGUGUUUGGUUUUGUUUUUUUUGUGUGGAAAAGGUGCCAAGGGCCGGUCCCGGAGGCUGUAGUCAAGCCGGGCGACUAGACCCCUCACUUUGGGGGUGUGGUGGGGGUUAGGGUCUAAGAAGCACAAAGAGGCCAUAACUGCUUCCAUUGGGGGUAAGGAGUUCUCUUCUCCAUGUUGGUUCAGCCGUGUCGUCCUUGUGGCUUUUCGGAACAUCUCCAGGAUGAACAAGGUGGCUUGUGUAGAGAAUAGAGGUCUAUGGGGAUUGUGUGUUCUGUGUGUGUGUUUGUGUGUUUGUGCUAGCUCCAGGCAUUGCGUGGAGCAGCAAUCACCUUUGAUAAGAAAAUCCACCAUCUGCCUUUCCACCGAUGGGUUCUUUUACCAUCCGGGCCCUUCUUCCUUCUCUUAUCUUCUCCUUGAGCUUCUGCUGAAGCAAGCUGACCACCGAUGGCCUUUCCACAUAGGUCUGGCCACCAUUCCCAGAAAUCCCUAAGCCAGCAUCGCUGAGCGAUUUCCGGGAAUUGUCAUUCAAUAUCCAAAGGUUUUAAGUCGUGGGUGAUUGGAAAGAACUCGGUUCCAAAGUUUUUCAACCUUUCGAUUCUUGGCGGCCCAACGUGGACCGUGCUUUUUGAAGAACACCAACCUCGACACUCCCGGGGUGGGAAGAUCCACCUUCCAACCAUGGGGCCAGGGACUUAUGGGAUGCCUGUAUCCAUAAUUCGUCCCACAAGACGCAACCUUAACAGGCUCACACCACCUUGGCCCAAGUAGAGGAAGCCAUCUUGGGUGUCCUUCAAACCUUUCGACCAUCCGUCGUCAUCUUGAAGGCACCGCGUUAGAUCCUCAGUGGGUGCAUCCAUUCUUGGCUUCCUGCCUUUCGAGCUCCUCAGGUUAACUCCGACGAAACUGCCUACACUACAGACAAAAACAAACAAACCAGGAAGCACUUUUGGGGCCUGUCCCGGCUUCUGCCAAAGAAACUGGGGACUUGUGGGUAACGGAGGGGGCUGAGCCCCACUGCAAAACUGGCCUGCAUCCAUGGCUUGAAGAGAAAGCUCGGGCUGACUAGGGGCUUUGAAUUAGUGUUUCUCAACAGUGGCUGUUUUACAAGGGUUGGACUUUAAUUCCCAAAAUUCCCCAGCCAGCAAAGCUGGCUGGGGAAUUCUGGGAGUUGUAGCCCACCUUUCUUAAAGGGGCCAAGCUUGAGAAACACUGCCUUAAAAAUUCAGGAUUGAACUGGGAGAGGAUACUUUUUCUCCCUGGGACCUACAUUCUGCUGGAUAUCUGGGGGGGAAAAAAUUCCAACUUUUUUUUUCUUUGCUUUCCUGGCCAUUAAAACGUGGUCUUUGUGCUUUCUCGCUGCAGGCAGCUGGGCUAAAUUCCACAUGUGCUGGUGGGUUUUUUCCCCCUCAUUUCCCUUCCAGGAGUUGUGUGUGUGUUGGGGGCGGGGGCAGAAAUAGGGUGGAUUGCAAAACCUACCCACACACACACACCCAACAACCCAGUGGCUCCCCUUAAUUUUUUUCCUAAGGCACUUAUUCAUCAAGCCCAUCAUUUUUGGAAAGGGUUGGCGGGCUUGCAGCUUUGAGGGACAUACAUCUUUUGGGACAUUGGUGGUUGGGGGGGUGGGGCUUGUAUUUGAAUUUCUAAUUUACCGAUUCAACCAUGAAGCUCCCCCACCUCUCUUCCCCAAACAACAAGCUUUGUCGAAAUUUGAACCCAGAGCCCUUGGCAGCUUACUAAGGAUGGGGCAGUGCUGGCCACCAGCUUUGGGAAAGAGGUAUUAAUGGGAGGCGGGGGGGGGGGUUUGCAGGGAAAAAUCAAUAAAAUCAGUACUUUAUAUGGGAUCAUUCUUCCCGGCUUCCCCAUUAUUCUCAAUUCCAGUUAUAUUUCUUCCGCCUUCUCCACCCCCUCCCCUCGACCGGUUAUGUAGGUGCGUGCAGUCCUGAACGUAUAAAUGGAUUUAUUUUGUUUUAAAAUUAGCUCGUCCAGAAUGUGUCCAGCGGGGCUAAUGGUUUUGUUCAGGGAUCUCCAAACUUGGGACACUUUUAAAGACUUGUGGACUUCAACUCCCAGAAUUCCCUAGCCAGCCUGGAGAGCUUAUUCCAGCCUCUACAGUCCUGGGGUGCAAAGAUCCAUCGUCCAGUCACGGGACCAGAUACUUCUGGGGUGCCUGGACCCAUAAUUCACCCUACAGCAGGGGUCUCCAACCUUGGCAACUUUAAGACGUGUGGACUUCAACUCCCAGAAUCCCUCAGCCAGCAAAGCUGGCUGAGGAAUUCUGGGAGUUGAAGUCCACACAUCUUAAAGUUGCCAAGGUUGGAGACCUGUCCUGAAGGAUGCAAAUCAUAGAGAGGGAUCUUUGUAGUCCACCUCCAUGGCCUAAGCCGAGGAAGCCAUCUUGUGAUCCUUCAAACCAAACAAACAUGGCCGCCUGGGGAAUUCUGGGAGUUGAAGUCCAACAAGCUUUAAAAUGGCCCCCACUUUGGAGAACCCCCUCGGUCUUGUUUAACCGUUUCCUAAAAAAAAAAUUUAAAAAAUCGCUUCUAUAUUUUUUUAUCCACUCCCGUCGUUAACGCGGUAUAUAAUCUUUCGGACAACUGCCUCCUCACGCCCGUUUUAUGAUUAUUAUUUUUUUCUCUCCUUUUUUUUUUAACCAGUCUCGUAAAUUCACAUUAUUCCCUGCCUUCUGUGUCUCUCUGCCCAUCUUCCACUCCCUAUCAGGACCACUUGAAGAAAAACAAAAACAAAACUAACAUCGAACUGGGGAGCGGGACAAAGGGGGGCGGGAAAGCAUUUUGUAAAUAUCUAAUCCGUUGAACGUCGUGGCUGCGUCCUGGCAUCUCUGCCUUCAGAUGGAGUGAAAACUGUCCCUUUGUAUUUUCUUAGUCUGGACAAUUUUAUUGGGGGGCAAACAAACAAAACAAACCCUUUUCUUGUUUAUGCAUUUAUUUUUUUUGUUCUGGAAUUUAAAGAAAAUAAAACUUGUAUCCUUGAAAAUAAAAAACGAAAAGUAUUAAAUCGG